AUGUCGGCAAACAGGCCCUUGUCAAGGGCUUUACGUCCGCUGACUCAGUGCAAUAUCUCAAGAACUAAUGUGGCACGACGUCAACUCGGACCAUCGCAUACCCGCUCAGCAUCUACCGCAGUAGCCGAAUCCUCUUCAUCUUCAUCCUCCUCGACCGACUCGUCUACGAGCUACGUCCACGAUCCAACCCCCAAUGUCCACCUUCCUCGUCUCGCUCGCACCGAACCCGAACUUUACGCCGCAGUCCGACCACCACCCAUCGCAGCCUUUGCCGCUCUCACCGCCCGUCUCGGCUUGAUCCCAAUCUCCGUCGACGCUGCCACGCGAGAACGUCGCAUUCGACUCGUACACCAAGCAUGCACCCACCCCUCCUUCCAAGCUUUGGUCGACAAAGUCAAUGCUUCCGCCAAUCUGCAGCUUGAAUCCUCAGCAACUGUUUCUGGGCUCGCAAAGAAAGAAGGCGCCUCUCCACUAGACUCUGCGCAGUUUUUGAGCUUGUCGCCGAAAGGAGGGGUAGAGCACCAUGCAGCGUUAGCAACCGUCGGAAAUUCAUUGUUAGGAAUGCUAGCAACCGAAUUUCUGCAUCUACGAUACCCCAACUUGCCAACCCGAGUGUUGAAAGCGGCAGUAUCGGCCUAUGUAGGUCCUCAAACACUUGCCGAUGUCGGUGCGGAACUUGGUCUUGCUGGACAAGGGAUUUUGAGGUGGAAUAAAGAAGCUCGUAUCCCCACCCAGAGCAAUCUUAACCAGAAGAGAGGUGGAAGAGGUGCUACUCCUCGUUCCCUCUUCCCCUCCUUUUUCUCCUCGGGCUCGGGCUCGGGCUCGGGCUCGGGCUUGAACUCGAUGCGAACCCUCCUCUCCCGUGACGUAGCAGCAGACUCGAUGCGAGCCCUGACAGCCGUCAUUUUUCAAGAACAAGGUCUUUCCUCCGCCCGUUCCUUCGUCACAUCCCAUUUCCUCAAUCGCUCCCUCAACCUCUCCUCCCUUCUCAAAUUUAACGAUCCCAAACACGCCCUUGUUUCCACCUGCGCUAAAUACGGCAAACAAGCGCCUCAAUCCCGGAUGAUUGCCGAAUCAGGCCGUCUUAGCAUCAGUCCUAUUUUCGUCGUAGGAGUGUGGAGCGGUGCGACAAAGAUCGGCGAGGGUAGUGGAAGUAGUAUUCGAAUGGCAGAGUUUCGAGCGGCGGAAGAUGCAUUGAGGAGGUUGUAUUUAGCAGAGACGCCCUUGGGUGAUUUUGAUUUGCCAAGUGCUACGUUGGAUAGCGAGUUUACAGGCAUGGCAGGGGAGAAGGUCGUCGAAAGAGGGAGGGUCUUUAGCGCUCAACCAAUUGGUGAGACUGAAGUGUUGGCCGUUGCGGGUAAGAGUCGGCAGUAG